UUCGUACACCUAUUCACCUAAGUUCUCUUCAACUAAUGAAGUUUUGAUUUAGUGGUUAAAAUUGAUGGUUUGUGUACAAUGUUCGUAGGUCAUAGGUUUAAAUCCCCCCAUUCAAUACACAUAUGGCAUACGGUACCAUUUAACUAGUGUCAUAUUUACUCCAUUUUUUACUAGAAGUAUGGUCUCGUCGGCAUAAUAGUGGUGUGAAAUCUUAUCGGCAAUGGAAUCGCAAAGUCUUAUAUGAGAACAACUCUAGCAAGUUAGCAGCAGGGCAGCAAUACUCACACCGUGAGGCAUCAACCCACGCCAUGGCAGCUCGCUCUCUCCUCCUCCAUCUCAGACGAAAAAUCAUCACCAUUACUAAUAGCAGUAACACCAAAAUCAAUGUGAAAUUUCUGAGUUCCACUUCAACUUCCGACGCUUUAAUAACCGAAACCCUAGAAUUUGAAGAUUCUUCUCCCCAAAUUUCCGACGAUUUGAAGAGUCGGAUCUUCCGUCUUCGACUUCCUAAACGAAGCGCCACUAAUAUUAUUCAGAAAUGGAUCAAUGAGGGCAAUUCCGUUACUCUCCCAGAACUCCGUCAAAUUUCUCGAGACCUUCGUAAAUCUAAUCGUUACAAGCACGCUCUUGAGAUAACAGAAUGGAUGGUUUCUCAUAAUGAAUUCAAGUUAUCUGAUUCUGACUAUGCUGUUCGCCUUGAUUUGAUGACAAAAGUUUUCGGGGUUGAUGCCGCUGAAAGAUAUUUUGAAGGUCUUCCACAUGAUGCUAAAACAAAUGAAACAUACACAGCUCUCCUCCACUCCUUUGCAUGUGCUAAAUUAACUGAUAAAGCCGGGGAGCUUUUUCAGCGUAUGAUGGAGUCAGGUCUAUUCUUCCAUGCCAUUACCUACAACGAGAUGAUGACUUUGUACAUCUCUGUGGGUCAAAUGGAGAAGGUUUCUUCAGUUAUUGAAGAGCUGAAACGCCAUAAUGUGGCACCAGAUCUCUUUACUUAUAACCUUUGGAUAAGCUCUUGUGCUGCAACUCUCGACAUUGAUGGUGUCAGAAGCGUUCUUUCUGAGAUGAGCCAGGAUCCUCAGUCUGAUGAUGGUUGGGUGAGGUACCGAAACCUUGCUAACAUUUAUGUUACAACUGGCCAACUUUCCAGCUCUGGGGGUAGCUCUCUUGUAGAAGCUGAAAAGACUGUUACUCAGAGAGAAUGGAUUACCUAUGAUUUCCUCAUCUUACUUCAUGCUGGCUUUGGAAACAAGGAUAUGAUUGACCAGAUAUGGAAAUCCUUAAGAAUGACUAAGCAUAAAAUGAUUGGUCGCAAUUAUGUGCCCAUUUUGUCUUCAUAUUUGAUGCUAGGUCAUAUUGAAGAAGUAGAAGAAAUAAUAGAUCAAUGGAAGAACUCCACAACUUCAGUUUUUGACAGAUCCCUCUGUGAUAGAUUGGCGAAUGCUUUUGUAGAAGCUGGAUUUACGGAAACAGCUGAAACUUUUCGUUCCCUUUUGAAUGAGAAAGAUGAUGCUAUCAGUGAAUCGGAAUAGGCACAAGCAGCUACGGUGGGUGAAAAGUAGGCAGAUGAGUCUUGCUACUCAGGCGUGGUAUUUUUAAAGCCUGCCUGAUGACAGUUUUGAUAAACGCCAGCAGAUAAAUUUUUUUUUUUUUUUUUGGAAGAAUCUCCAUUCAAUGUAUUGUCACCGAUCAUGUACAACUCUUGUUUCGAUUUUCCAUCUUUGGUAAAUGAAACUGCUUAUCAUUAAUGGCUAGUAAUAAUGAGCUUAAAAUGUACGAGUAUGUGAUUUUAAAGAGAACGAGGAUCAUGCUUUGCUCUAUCAUAACGUUGUAUUGUGAUUUAUAUGUAAGAAAGUGUAUGGUCAUA